AUGAAGCGCCCCACGCGUCCAAAAAGCAGUGCGGUGGACGCCAUUCAGAUUCUGGCCAUCUUGGACAAGGCAACAGGCCCCGAGGUCUUGUUGGAGAAGCAGUUUCGUCCUCCCACGGGCAAGGUGGUGGUCGAGUUCCCGGCUGGAAUGGUGGACGAGGGCGAGACGCCUGAGCAGGCUGCUGUCAGAGAGCUGAGGGAGGAGACGGGCUAUGUAGGAGAGGUCAUUGAGGACGAGGCUGGAAGGCCCGUACACUGGAACGGGCCUGCAUCCUCUAGUUCAUGCGUAUACAUGAUCCGAAUGAAGAUUGACCUCCAAAGGGAAGAGAACAAGAACCCAAAACCGGAGCUCGAGGAUGGCGAGAUCAUCGAUACCUUUUCCGUCCCUCUCAAAGAUCUCUACUCACAGGUGCGGAUUCUCAGCGCAGAGGGCUUUGCCAUUGAUGGCAAGGUAGGAUCCUUUGCAGAAGCGCUACAGACUGCGAGCAUGUGGCAAAGCAGCUUGUAG